UAAAUACAAAAUAGAGAAAAGAAUUGAAAAAAUUUAUUAUUGUGUGCCAAUUUUACAUAACUAAUUAAAGUUCUUGAUGGAGUCAAGCAAUUAUCUUCUUUAGGUAGCAUCAUCGAGGAGAUUCCCGAUAGUUGAAAUCCAGAUGACUCAAAAUCUUAUUCCAAUAAUUAUCAACACGACCCAACGGAUAUUGGAAACGUUGUCCAAGGAUUUAAAACCAAAAAUUAUCCUGGAAUAUGUCAUUUUUGAGAGGUCGCUGUAAUGAUGGUGCUGGUUGUGUUCAUAUAAAAGUUCCACCUCAAGAACGCGAGUUAAUCAAUCAUUCAUUUUUAGAUCUUUUUGUUUAAAUUGUUUGUUUUUUCGGUGAUUUUUUCUCUGUUGAUAGUUGAAGUUCUUGACACUUAAGAGGUUCUCGUAGACACUCUCGAAGAAGACAUUGUCAGAGAAGGUUUUAAAUUGGAUUUAACAGUUACCAGUUGCCUAAGUCCAUAUUCAUUUUAUGAAGUACCAGCAGAAGACAUAAUUCAUCAACAAUCCUUUGACUCUAGAGUUGGAAGAAAUUACGAUCUCAUUGAUCCAACUGAGAGAAUCUUAUUCUACCGAGCAAGAGUCAUCGAUAUGAGUCUUGAUGAAGAUGAACUAACAGUAAUGAAUAUCGACACUGGUGUCGAGUUGAUUGUUGAAAGACGUGAUGUUUUCACUCUCAAGCCAAAAUUUGCGACCUUACCAGCAUUCGCAGUCCACUGUGCCAUGGAAGUGCCAUCAGGAUUUUGUGUCACUGAUGAAGUCAUGCGUAAUUUCAGUGAAUUAGUACUCGGACAAACAUUCAAAGCGCACUUCAAGGAAAGGGACAUGGCAGGGAGAUUCAGGGUUGACCUCUUCCACUUUGAAGAACAAAAGGUUACAAUAUAUGACAACAAUCAAGUAUGGAUAUGAUCCACUUAUAAUUGUCUUACUGGUUUCAUCCAAAUCCAUCAUUGGACCUCAUAUGGACACUUCUCAUUAAAAAAAAUGAUUUGAUUCUAAGUUAUCAUCUCUCACUCAAUCUCAGUAAACAAAUAUUUUAAUACUGUCAAAAGAGAAAAUCUCCUUUAAAUUGAUUCAAUUAAACUAAAUUGACUGAUUAGACGACACUAAAAAUAAUCAACAUGUAAAUACCCUUGUAAACAUAAGAUAACUUUAAGAUGAGACUCGAGAAGAUCUUGAGUUCGCUCAAUUAAUUCUUUGUACAUAAGCUCAACUAAUUCGAGUUUUCAUUAUUGUAUAUGUUAUAUCAUU